GGGAUAACAAACAAGAUGGAGCAGUCAAACGCCUCACGUUUAAUCCGACCACCAUAAAAUACGGUGUUUAAAAAUAUAUUUGUUUGAUGCUAUGUAAGCAUUGUACAAAUGUUUUUCAUGGUUCGAUAAAUUCAUAAUUUUCAAUGUCAUGCAUCUUUGGAUAUGAAGAUGCCAACACUAAUUAAAAAAAAAGACUCAAUUUCAAUAGAUUUAACAAGUAAUAAUUGUCAUUCCCCUAUUGCAAAUGAGCAUAAUAAAACUGAAACUCGGUUAGAUUUAUUCUUUCAAAUGAAAGAUUUACCAGUUGCUCACCGCAUUGAAGCAUUAAAAUUGCUAACGCAGGAGCUGCAAAAUGAUAUAAUUGUAUCCACACUGCCACCCAAUUGUGGUGAUCACAAUUAUAAAGUCAAAGCAGCUACAACAAACCAAAAGACUUUAUUUCCUGAGGAUGUUCUGGGAAAUUUAAGGUCGUGUAGAGAAUCAAAUCGAUCGGCAGAGAUGCUAGAAGAAUUGCUCAGCAAAGGAUCAUCACUUUCUAAUGAAUCAGAAGAUCAGGAAGAAAAUAUUUUGCCAAAACCAAAAAAGGGACCAAUCAAAUCAAAAAAGGAUUUCAACAGUAAGCUUCUUAGCCUAGAGAGCUCUAUUAUAUUUAAAACUAAUUCUUAUCACUGUACUAAUUUCAUUUCUCAUAACUAACUGGUACACAGUUCUGAAAAACAGAACAUAAUUACUCACCAAAAUGUAAAAAAUAAAUUGUCAGCGUUUCAGUUUCACUGAUAGAUUUAUUUACCAUUGCACUGGUACUAGUAACAAAUAUUUAUGAAUAGUUAGCUUCAGUUGCUGAAUCAAUAAAAAUUUUAAUUAAAUUAUAUUAAUAUUAGAAUUUAACUAGGUAGAUUAUUAUUAAAAAUAAUUCUAAUCAAUUAUUUAAAAUAUAACUUCUUACUUCUAUUUUAAAUUUUGUAUCACUUUAUUUUCUACAGCCUCAAAAAUCACAUUAAAAAAACCAAAGAGUUUUGAUGGAAUUUAUCUAUUUAAAAAUGAGAAGGACCAGUCAGCAAACACAAAGCUGUCUAGAAAAGUUAAUAAGCAAAUAAGGCCUUGCUCUCUUCACAUGGAUGACAAUAAUCUUGAUGCCUUAGCAAUUUGCAAAAGUAUUAACUUGCAAGAAAAGAGCAAACAAAAAAUGUACACUAAUUCACAGAAGGCUCGAGUGCAUCCUACUCAAGUUAAAUCCUCAUCAUCCAAACUGUCAGCAGCUAGAAUUAGUCUAAAUAAUGCAGCAAUGGAAUAUAGUAAAAGGAGUUCAUCAUUUUCUGGUCAAGCACAAAGACGAAAAUCAGUACCAGUAGGCAAAGAAGAUAUAAAAACAACCAAAGUAUUUCUGUCAGAAAAGCAGUCGGGGGUUAUUUUUGAUUGUGGAAUGCCUAUACCAUGUGCCCCGCCUGCCACACCAACACCAGGUAGACUUGUUUUAUUUUAGCAUAAAGAUUUUCACAUAGCAAUGCAUCAAUGAUCAAUAUAAUAAUUCUCUUAAGGGCCAUGCUAACGCGUUUUAUGGCACUGGCAAGCACAUUGCUCGCAAAUUGCGUCUGCUGGGCAAUUAAGUAAAUUAGAUUUUAGGUGUGUGUAUCUGGUGAGUUCCUGAUUCCACCAUUUAUUAGAUCACAACUGUCUCUGGCACCUUCCCACAAUAGUGGUAACUCAAUGUAUUAAUAUUAAUUAUUAAAUACAAUUUUUCAGUUAUAUUCCAAGAGUCAUUUGUAAUGGGGUGAUGAUAAUAAUAUGUAUGGUAUGAUACUCAAUGAUACCUUAUUUAUUCAUUUUUAUCAGUGCCACUUUUACUUUAUAAUACGGUACCGGUACUAAAUAAGUUGAAAGAAAACAAACAGAAAUUACGGAACUAACCAAUAUGUUGUAAUAAAUCGAAGAUGUACAAUUGAAAAUAAUUAUGUUUAACAUAACUAACUGGACAUCAUUAUAGUUUCAAAUGGACUAAAUGUUUUAUUUAUUUUUACCCACUCUUUAAUUAGCUAAACAAAAUAAUAUUUUUAUAGCUCAAAAAAAAUAAUCAGAAAUCAAGGAUUUUUAGGAUUUCACAUAUUUUAGAAUAUACCAGUAGAUGUCAUUAUUAUUAUUAAUUAGAGAUAUAAAUAAUAAAUAGGCUUUUUUAUGGACUGUCAGUACUCUCAUAAUUUUAGGAAAAAAAUUUCACCCCAAGGGUAAUCUCAUGCUGCACUGCUGAUGUUCAUUAUUAUUAAAUUAGACACAUGCCAAUAUAUUGUUGUGUAUACUCAUGUUUAAAUUGCCAACCUUUAAUGUUUUUAGAAAGCAUCCCAUAUUGGCCAGAGUUCAUUACCGUACUAAAUAUAUAACAUAAAUAAAAUGUAUCAUGUUUUUAAUUUUCAGAGGUUCUUAAAAAAACAGAGUAUGUGCCAUCUUUACAGGAUAUAAGGGUAAGAUUUUUAAGUUGGAUAACCUUUAUCAAAGAUAUAAGAUAACAUUUUGGCACAAGUAAUGAAAUACCGGGUAGUUAUUUAUACAAUGAACAAUGUCUAUUAAAGCUCCAUUGGAAAAAAAGUUUGUUCUGAAUGAAAGGCAAUCAAUUAAUUUGUCAACACUUUUUAUAUCUUAUACUUUAUACCAGUACCGGGUAAUCUAAUAUAAUUUUAACAAAUAAGUACCCGGUACUAAAAUGGAACUUAUUAAUAUGAGCAUUAAAAAAUUAUUUUGAAAUAUUUUUAUUGCAACAUGGAUUUUGGAACAAUCUCUGGAGUGGAACUCGUCACUAUACGUCAACUUCAUUGACUAUGAGAAGGCUUUUGACAGUGUCGACAGACAGACUCUGUGGAAGCUGCUUAGACACUACGGGGUACCACAAAAAUUGACAGACAUAAUUAAGGCUUCUUACGAAGGACUAUCGUGCAGAAUUGUCCACGGCCAGCAAACAACGGCGGCUUUUGAGGUACAGACCGGUGUCAGACAGGGGUGUCUGCUCUCGCCUUUCCUAUUCCUGCUGACCAUUGAUUGGAUAAUGAAAAUGUCUACAGAGCAGAAGAGAAAUGGUAUUCAGUGGACACUAUGGAAACAACUUGAUGACCUGGAUUUUGCGGAUGAUCUGGCCCUAGUAUCACACACACAGCAACAGAUGCAAGAGAAAACCAAUUAUGUAGCACAGUACUCUGCUUGCAUCGGCCUGAACAUCCACAGAGGAAAAAGCAAAGUCCUUAAAAUAAAUACAUCAAGCAACACACCUAUAGCACUGGAAGGAACAAACCUUGAGGAGGUGGAUAGCUUUACAUACCUCGGCAGCAUCAUUGACAUACAAGGAGGGACAGACGCCGACAUAAGAGUGAGAGUUGGUAAGGCAAGAGCGGCAUUUAACCAGCUAAAAAAGGUCUGGAGCUGCAGCAAUUUGACCCUCCAGACCAAGGUCAAGGUAUUCAACACCACAGUGAAACCUGUCUUGCUAUAUGGGGCAGAAACAUGGCGAACAACAGCAGCUGGUUCAAAAAAGCUACAGACCUUUAUCAACUCAUGUCUCCGAACGAUUUUACGAAUCCGCUGGCCCACCGUCAUCACCAACGAGGAUCUCUGGCGGCGCACACAACAAGAACCAGUGGAAGAGUUAAUCUGCCAGCGCAGAUGGAGAUGGAUUGGCCACACCCUCAGAAAGCCCGCAUCAAGUAUCACGAGACAAGCCCUGACUUGGAACCCCCAGGGUAAGAGAAAAAGAGGUCGACCCAAAACAACUUGGAGAAGGGAACUGGAGGCAGACAUCAAAAAGAGUGGGCACAACUGGGGACAGUUGGAGAGACUUGCCCAAGACCGGGAUGCCUGGAGAGCCUUUGUUUGUGGCCUAUGCCCCAGACGGGACGACAGGCGAUGAUGAUGAUGAUGGACGUUGUAAUAAUUUAUAACUAAUAACACAAGUCCAUUUUCUAUAUUUCCAUUUAAGGCUCAGCGUAUGGUGCGUGAAAAACUACAGACUAUUGAAGAUCAAGCAAUGACAACAGAGAAAAAAAAGAUUGAGCAGAGCUUAAAGAUUGAUAGAAAGUCUAUGCAAGAAAAGAGAAUGGAGUUGAAACGGAUCCAAAGAUUACAGGUUUGCAUAUAAAUAUAUUAGUUUUCAACACAUUUUUAUUUUAAUUUUAACACAAUUCUUGUCAAGGAGCAUAGUAAAAAACACCACAAUAUUUAGGGUAUAUGUUACUGAAAAUGUAGCAUAAUGUUGAAUAAUGAAAUGGACAAAUCUUUUAAAAAUUAGGAUUUGGUAAUAUAUAUAAAAUAAAACUACCAAGGUAUAAGUAUAAGAUGUAGCUUGUGAAACUGUCAACAUCAACAAUCAUAUGAUAUAUAGACAAUUUUUAACUACUGGUAGUGGUAGUCCAUGACCGACAAAGAUUUAGAUGAUCCUUGUCCUAAUGAUAAGUCAUAAUUUUCCUUGAGUCGAAAAAUCAAAUUUUUGAGGAAUGUACCAAUAUUCUAAAUAUUGCGAUUUAAGUAUUCUUAAUUAAUUUUGUCAUUUGUUGAUUUUACAAUCUACUGAAAACAGAAAUCCAUCCAUCCCCGUGGCAGUGCUAUAGCCCAUGUAAAAAAUGAAAAAUAUAAAUGUGUCCCCUAAAUAGAUGUAUGAAUUACUAUACUAUUUGGUACACUCCUAAACUUAAAAUUGACGUUUAUACGAUUUUCAAUUUUCUUAAGCAAAGGCUAACUUUUCCAUUCCAGAUUUAUGCUCUGAACAAGGUGAUGACUGACCUAGAGUAUAAAAAUUUUGUGAUGUUCAUGAGAAGUGUAGAGUGAUCAUGCUUUCAUGGAAAUCUAGAUCAAUGAUCUACUUACAACCAUAGACUUGUUUCUAAACUUUUUUUACAAGCCCAGCUGGAGCCAUAAUAAAUCUCAUACAUGUUUUUUUUUUUUUAGUACCGGUACAUACCAAACAUGAAUAGAAAAAUUUCCAACAUUUAACUGUCUUUUACAAAAUUAAUUACGGGACAAUAUUUUUUUUUUGCUCAAGGAUGACUUUGUUAUUGUCUCUUUAUUGAAGUUAUCCUCUGUUGCUAAUUUAAAAUCUACUUGUCUUGUGAAUAUUUUAAAAUCAAAAUAAUAAAAUUAACUUGCAAGAUAAGCAUAAUGCAUUGUUAUUUGCAUCCAUAUGAGCUAUAUCUUUAACCUUACUCUUUGUUGUUGGGACCUGUGCAUAAGAGACAUACCAACCUGGCACAGGUUUGCAGGACACGUUUCUAGUCCCUGAGCACAAUAUUUGGAUGCUAUUAAUAAUUUUAAUCAAGGUUAUGGCAUUAUAGCCUAUAACAAAACCUAAAUUACUGACCAAAUUAUGUGUGCAAAUGCAUUGUAGUAAAUUGUAGCUGACCGGAUUUGAAUAUUAAGUACUUGAUUUUAAUUUUUAAAACAUGUUAAAAUGUCUAUAUUUACUGUACAGGUAUUAAAAUACCGUACCCAGUACAAUUUUUUUCCAACAUAUUUAUGCUACAGCAUACCAAACUACUGUUACAGUACUUUAAUAUGAAUCAUAAAUAUGGAGAAUAAAUCAUUAGUCAAUCGGGCAAAUAUAUCUUGAGAAGUAUACAGCUGCCAGUUUUUUGUGGAAUUGUGCCAGAAAUAUCUUACUGUAACUGUAACAGAAAAAACGUAGUGCAUUGUUUUACUGAGGCAUCUUAUACUUUAAACAAUAUAUCAACCCACUAUCACUAUAAGUACUAAAAGCAUUAUUUCUGCAUAUUUACAAUCUGUAACAUUAUUUUUGUUAAAAGUGUAUGACAUGAGUUUACUUAAAUAUGCUUUAAACUUUGUAUCUAAGUUGGGACAAUGAUUUAAAUUUUGUGUAAGAUUGGAGGAAAUACUUUGAUAACACAGUGAUGAGUUUAACAAUUUUUUUAUUAGUAAUUAGCACUUAAAAAUGUAGAAACGUGAAUUUAUAUUUCUACACUAAUGUACUGGUACCAUACCAGCAAUUAAACAUUCAUUUAAAAUAAAGAAAUAAUUUAAUUCAACAGUAAAUUUGAAAUGUUUUAACAAUUUUUAUGCAGUUAUUUCCAAUGGCAGAGUUGUUGCAAAACAGCAAUAGUAGUUUGUGACAACAUUCAUAACAUUUAACCUAAGGUUUGGCCUAUAUACUGAUACCUUUUAUACUGUUCCAAAACAAUAUUUUUUGUGUGCUGCAUUAUUUUACACAACACACAAACUCCCCCCCCCCCCCUUUUAAAAA